AUGACGCCGAAGCCGAGGAAGCGAAAAUAUCGGCCUCAACAAAGUGCACAGGUCCACGGUGGACCGGCGGAACGACCUGAUCCAGCAUUAUUCAUCCAGGCUCAUGAAGCGGACCUUGUACGAGAACCACAGGCAGCAUCGGCCGCUCGCUCUCUCGAGGUGGAAUACGAUAGCGGAGGCGGGAGACGACCCGUUUAUAUUGGAGAUGGUCUAAUUCAAUUGAAUUCAGCUGGGCAGAGCCGCGGAGAUUCCGAUGUCUUCGCGGAGGAGCGCGUGCAGCUUGGCCGUGGGAGCACCAAUAAGCCUACGGAGGAUCGUGAUAUAGAAGGCUUGUGGGUGGAUAGGUACGAUGCACGCUUACUGCUCGAUGCGCUGCCGGAUAUACCGCACAGUUCACAUCCUGCACGAUCGGAAUCACCCGGUGGCUGGUCUGACCUGCCGUCCGACGCUGAAGAUACGUUUUUCUUCACGGCGGACGAAGUGGAAGAUUACCGCCGCGAGAAGCGGAGACGAUUGAUCGACCGAAGGCGUGAGGAGCGCCUACGAGCACUGGGUGGGGACACAGAAGACGAUGAGUCCAAGCCUGAGGACGUAUGGGGCGGAAGCGACGAGGAGCCCGACGAGACACAGCGAGAGCUAAUGCGUCGCACCGCCUUGCACAUUCUGAACUCACCAAACGCGGGCCAGCUCGAGAUGCGCAUCCUGGCCAACCACGGGGCAGACCGUCGGUUUGCUUUCCUGAAAGGGCGGUGGUCGCGUGCAUGGAAGAUUGCGAAGGGGCAUGUCAGGUUAGACUUGGAGAAAGAGAAGGCGCACAAGGCCGAUGUAUCCUCCGAGACUGGUGGUGGCCUGGGGGGUCUGACAGGAUAUGGCGACAGCGAUGAUGAAGGCACGUCAACCAGUUCCGGAAAGGGCGUCGAGGGCACGCACGAGGAUGAGCGAUGUAGCCGAGAUGAAAGUGGGAACGCGUGUUCCUCUGAGCCCACCAAGGACGAUGAUGAAAUCGUCAAGAGUGCUAGGAGAGCGAGAGCGAAGGAAUGGGCGGAGAAACGACGCGCGCUGCAACCGGGUGCGCGAGGCAGUGGCUCAUAG